CCUCUCCCCUGACUGAAUGGAAGCAGCAAUCACAGGCACACACAGUCACGUUACUGGCUGCAUUCAGGAACAAGCAUGCUACCGUCUCAGCCAGCGCCGAGGCAUGAGCAGAUUGUGUAAUUGGAAGGCAGCCUUCAUGUCUGUGCCGGAUCCCGACCGGCGCUCUUCCUGCAUACACGACCAGAGCAGCAAUGCAGUGGAGGUUCCCGUUCCGUCCGGAGCUCCUACCAACCCCCGAGCACUGAACUGGGAUAUCGUAUGCCGUCUGCUGGCUUGACGUUCCUCCGCUCUCCCCGUCCGCUGGGUGUAUGUUGUUGGAACUGGCAGGCCGCCUGGGCCCGCAAAAGACAGGUGCUGUCAUCUAUAUGGAGAAGAGCGGCUGCAGCCCCUUUCCGAUAUGCUGGGCUAAAGAAUAUGAUAGACACCUAGCAUCCAACAAGACUAUGGCUGCGGCUUACCUGGAUCCCAACCUGAAUCAUGCACCCAGCUCAAACGCCAAGUCCCGCCUGAGCACCGGCAUGGAGCGCUCACCGGGUGCCAUCGAGCGAGUGCUGAAAGUCUUCCAUUACUUUGAAACCAACAGUGAGCCAGCAACAUGGGCGAGCAAUAUCCGGCACGGGGACGCCACAGAUGUCAGGGGUAUAAUCCAGAAAAUAGUGGACAGUCACAAAGUGAAGUGUGUGGCCUCGUAUGGAAUACGAUUAAGUCACCUGUGCUCCGAGGAGGUUCAUUGGCUGCACCCGGAUAUGGGAGUUUCUCAUGUGAGAGAGAAAUAUGAACAGGCUCACCCGCCGGAUGAGUGGAAGUAUGAGCUGAGGAUCCGGUAUUUGUCCAAAGGAUUUCUUAACCAAUUCGCAGAGGAUAAGCCGACCUUAAAUUUCUUCUAUCAGCAGGUGAAAAAUGACUACAUGUCGGAGAUGUCGGACCAAGUGGACCAGGAAAUUGCUUUGAAGCUGGGCUGCCUGGAAAUUCGGCGAUCAUACGGGGAGAUGAGAGGGAAUGCUUUGGAGAAGAAAUCAAACUAUGAAGUGUUAGAGAAGGACGUGGGUCUGAAGAGGUUCUUCCCGAAGAACUUGCUGGAUUCCGCGAAGGCAAAAACGCUUCGGAAGCUGAUCCAACAGACGUUCCGCCAGUUUGCCAACCUGAACCGAGAAGAAAGCAUCUUGAAGUUCUUUGAAAUCCUCUCGUCGGUGUACAGAUUUGAUAAGGAAUGCUUUAAGUGUGCUCUGGGAUCCAGUUGGAUUAUUUCGGUGGAGCUGGCGAUCGGCCCUGAAGAGGGGAUCAGUUACCUUACAGACAAAGGAUCUAAUCCAACCCACCUUGCAGACUUCACUCAGGUGCAGACCAUCCAGUAUUCCAGCAGUGAAGAUAAAGACAGGAAAGGGAUCUUACAGUUGAAUAUUGCCGGAGCCCCGGAGCCUCUCACUGUGACAGCCCCGUCCCUCACCAUCGCGGAAAACAUGGCGGACUUAAUAGAUGGAUACUGUCGGCUUGUCAGCGGGGCCUCGGAAUCCUUUAUCAUCAGGCCACAGAAAGAAGGCGAAAGAGCGCUUCCCUCCAUACCAAAGCUCGCCAACAGUGAGAAACAUGGAUUGAGACCACACGCCGUCUCCGUCUCAGAAGAGUUUAGCGGUGACGAGACUGAUGACUAUGCAGAGAUUAUAGAUGAAGAGGACACUUACACCAUGCCUUCCAAAAACUAUGGAUUAGAUGAAGCGGGAGACUAUGAGAUCCAGCGGGAUCGGAUUGAGCUGGGCCGAUGUAUCGGCGAGGGGCAGUUUGGAGAUGUACACCAAGGAGUUUACAUGAGUCCGGAGAAUCCCGCUAUGGCCGUCGCCAUCAAAACCUGUAAAAACUGCACAUCGGACAGCGUGCGGGAGAAGUUCUUACAAGAGGCCUUAACGAUGCGUCAGUUUGACCACCCGCAUAUUGUCAAGUUAAUCGGAGUGAUCACAGAAAACCCGGUGUGGAUAAUCAUGGAGCUGUGUACGCAGGGGGAGUUGCGAUCGUUUUUACAAGUCCGAAAAUACAACCUGGACCUGGCGUCUCUUAUCCUCUACGCCUAUCAGCUCAGCACAGCGCUCGCCUACCUGGAGAGCAAAAGAUUUGUACAUAGAGAUAUCGCUGCUAGGAAUGUGCUGGUUUCAUCUACUGACUGCGUCAAAUUAGGAGACUUUGGACUUUCUCGGUAUAUGGAGGACAGUACUUAUUAUAAAGCUUCCAAAGGCAAAUUGCCUAUUAAGUGGAUGGCCCCCGAGUCCAUUAAUUUCCGACGCUUUACUUCUGCCAGCGAUGUGUGGAUGUUUGGUGUGUGCAUGUGGGAAAUCUUAAUGUACGGAGUGAAGCCUUUCCAGGGGGUGAAGAACAAUGAUGUGAUUGGUCGGAUAGAGAACGGCGAGCGCUUGCCGAUGCCAGCCAACUGCCCCCCCACACUCUACAGCCUUAUGACCAAGUGUUGGGCGUAUGACCCCAGCCGGCGACCGCGGUUUACCGAACUCAAAGCACAACUGAGUACGAUCCUAGAAGAGGAGAAGAUUCAGCAAGAGGAGCGGAUGAGAAUGGAGUCCAGGAGACAAGUGACUGUGUCCUGGGACUCCGCGGGUUCAGACGAGGCUCCACCGAAGCCCAGCAGACCAGGAUACCCCAGCCCGAGGUCCAGCGAAGGCUUCUUCCCCAGCCCCCAGCACAUGGUGCAACCCAACCACUACCAGGUGACUGGUUACUCCGUGUCCCAUGGAAUCCCCUCCAUUCCUGGGAAUAUUUACCCCGGCCAAGCUGCUGUACUAGACCACCUGGACUCCUGGAGCCCUCGGACCCCGGACAUGUGGCAAGGCAAUAUGGAGGAUUCCGGCCCCAUGGACAUGAGAUGUUUAGGCCAAGUUCUUCCAACCCACCUAAUGGAGGAGCGAUUAAUCAGACAGCAGCAAGAGAUGGAGGAGGACCAGCGCUGGCUGGAGAAAGAGGAGAGAUUUCUGAAGCCAGACGUCAGGCUCUCCCGGGGCAGCAUUGACCAUGCGGAUGGAGGCAUCCCGUGUCCGGCCGGGAACCAGCACAUCUAUCAACCUGUCGGGAAACAAGAUCACUCCGCUCCACCAAAGAAGCCCCCCCGGCCGGGCGCUCCGAGCCAUGUCGGUAACCUGGCUGGUCUGAAUAGUCCCGCAGACUGCUACAACGACGGUGUGAAGCCUUGGAGGAUACAGCCGCAAGAGAUAAGCCCCCCACCCACGGCCAACUUGGAUCGCACGAACGACAAAGUGUAUGAGAAUGUGACGGGCCUGGUGAAAGCUGUGAUAGAAAUGUCUAGUAAGAUCCAGCCGGCUCCCCCCGAGGAGUAUGUCCCCAUGGUAAAGGGGGUGGGGCUGGCGUUACGCACAUUGCUGGCCACUGUUGAUGAGACCAUUCCUGUUCUUCCUGCGAGUACACACAGAGAGAUCGAGAUGGCGCAGAAGCUGCUCAACUCGGACCUGGCAGAGCUCAUCAACAAAAUGAAGCUGGCCCAGCAGUACGUCAUGACCAGCCUCCAGCAGGAGUACAAAAAGCAGAUGCUGACCGCCGCGCACGCGCUGGCCGUGGACGCCAAGAACUUGCUAGACGUCAUUGACCAGGCCCGGCUAAAAAUGAUCGCGCAGUCGCGGCCACACUAAAGCACCUGAGCGCGGACUCCUGUUAACGCCUCUUGUCUAACACGUUUUCCUUUUGGGAUCAUGUCUAGCCUUCCACCAGCAGCCUCGCUGUCAGCGGGGCGGCCACGCCUCCGGCGCAGGAAAAGUAAAUAAAUAAGUAAAUAAAAAAAGGCGACGGUUGGCGCCCCGCGCAGUUUCGACCUCUUUCCGUCACAGCUUGUCAGGGCUGAGGGUGCUGCUGCCACGGGUUUUCUGUAUGUGUCAGUCACCGGGAGGAACGUUGGCACGGGACUUUGCUGGAUCGAGAAGGACCAGAGUCCCGGGUGCAGAUCAGCGGAGGAUAAGGCUCGGCGAUAUCCG